AUCGCUUAACGAGUCACGUGGUGCUGAGAGGUUGGCGUGGUUUGGUUUCUGUGUUGCUGUGUGGUCUGACAGCUUUCCCGGUUUUCGCUUAAUCGCAACCAACUAUUAAAGGUUUAGGUGAGCACUAGUGUCGCUCACCUUUCCUCCGCCUUCAUGACGUCGUAUCGCACGUUCACACCUGUAGACUCCAAGAAAGAGGAGUUCCGGAAGUACCUGGAAAAAAGUGGAGUGUUUGAGAGACUGACAAUAGCACUUGUGAGCCUCUUUGAAGAACAGGAAAAGCCUGAAAAUGCAAUAGCCUACGUCAAAGCUCAUCUAGAUCCUGAUCAUUCGGAAACCAGCACUGACGCUUUGAAGCAAGAGCUUGAGCAAGUGCGGAGGCAACUUGAAGACCUGCAAAUAGAGCACAACCAUCUGAAGAUGCAGAUUGCCAAGGGCGAAGUGGAAGAGGCAAUUGUUGCGGAGCCUGAUUUGUAGUUGUCUGUCUGCAGUGUAUCGAAGGCGAAUUGUUACGCGUCUCUCUUUGAAAGUGUGUUGCUGUUUUGAUGGGAUCAUUAAUUUCUACUUCGGUGUGCUUCUCGCAGAUGAAGCACACGUGUGCAUAACAUCCGAUCCCCCGAAGGGAGGGAACUGUAACAAGUUUGGCCUUGGGCUUUCCGUCCACGACAUGUGCCUCCCUCAGUUUACUACCUAUUGUACCAGCACUCCCGACUAUGAAUUCUGCUGCCGAGUUAGCCGCAACGUUGAUCCCAGACAGGCUCGCAUACCUAUUCCUGUGCUCGGCUGAGGAGACAACGUGUAGAAAAUUUCUAAACCAGGGAGAAGGAGUAACGAAAAAUUUCUCGGCGCUUUUGCGCUGGAAUUUUUUAAUUGGACAUUGAUCACGCCAGUGGCUAAGCAAGACACAUAUUGCGUGAUGUCUGACAUUGCACAAUCUGCAGGUACUAUAUAUACCUUUACUUUUUUAAAAGCUCACAAUACAGAUAAAAUAAUGAUUAUUGUCAUCAGAUCUGCCCUUGCAGCCUGCUGGGCAUCACUUAUGCAUGAAAUUGUGGCUCAUUUGCGGUUGAAAAUCGUGUGAGUCCCGGUAGUGCAGUCCGCUCUAUAAACCUUUUUUUCGUUCUUUUUGGCAUGCCGGUUUGCAAUAGAUUUUUAGUCUUAAGGAUUUUAUAUGUAAACGAUGUGAAAAAUGCUUAAGCAAGCUCUUUUAAGCAAGGUGGCAUUCGAUUAGGAAUUUCGGGAACAUGUUAGCGAGUAACUGCUGCACUAGUAUAAGCUUCGCUCCUUUUCAUUUUCCAAGCAGCACUAUUGCAUUCAGUCAGCCAGGAGUGCUGGACAUAGUCACCUGUAUGUAUGGUAAUGUAAUUUUUCUUCUUGCAUUUAGUUUGUUUUCAAACGUAGUGAUUGCAUGUGGCCACCGAUCAAUGGCUCUGUUCAUGUGUUCAGACAGAACCUGCUAUGGUAGUGAGGAGCCCACAGUCAGUACUUGUAGUACUUAGUCUGGUGGAAAAAGUCUUCCUUGAUAUUUUGUUAAAAGAGAUCUGUUAUUUUGUCUUUAUUAUUUACUGCAGUAACGGGGGACUGCAAUAUGUGUGCCAUUGAGGUUGUCCUAGUUACUGUUUCUGUAUCCUCUUUUGAAAGUGAUAAGCAUCGAGUCAUUCCUGUGUUUUGAGCUCACAAUAAACUUCAUUGUGAUAAGACA